AUGAGCUCGGAGAAGCCAAACUUUCUGUCACAGCCGGUCGUGAAGAACAUUUUCAUGUUCCGGAACGGCGAUCCGUACUAUGAGGCUCGUCGGAUAGUGAUCAACCACAAGAGGGUGUCCAACUUUGAGACUUUGCUGAGAGAGGUGACCGGUGGGAUAAAAGCCCCGUUUGGAGCGGUGAGAAACAUCUACACACCGAGAGGAGGCCACAAGGUGGACUGUAUGGAGAGCCUGCAUAGCGGGGAGCAGUACGUCGCUGCUGGGAGGGAGAGAUUCAAAAAGCUGGAUUACCAACAGAUUGGCUCUAGAAAGAGGAGGAUGCUGCAGACUCUUCCAAUGCAGUUUAAAGCCGGAGACAUGGGGCUUAAGCUCUAUCACAAGAGCCUGGCCUUAUGCACGGUCACUGGCGAUCCAAAUCUCAGUCUUGGAGUCACAGUGGGUUACCAGGUGUUAUGGGAGAGGACCUGCAGAGCUCAGUCUUUGCAACCUCACAACCUCAAAGGAUCUCAGAGAGAUCAGGCUUUCGCUGCCAAACCGCUGCCACAGAAUCGAAUCAUUGUGUCAGCUCGGUUCCUGAAACCCAUCAAGGAGCCAUGUACGAUAUUCGUGGUAGCAAAUGGCGAUGUCUUAAACCCCGCGAUGAGGCUGCUGAUCCACCAGAGGAUGCUGGGCCAGUUUGACAAGAUACUAGAGAUGAUCACAGAGAAGAUGGGUUUGAGAGUCCUGGGAGGUGUUCGAAGUCUCUACACCGACGAAGGCCACCAGCUGACUGCCGGGACUCAGCUGGAGAGCGGUCAGCUGUAUGUGGCUGUGGGAAGAGAAAAGUUUAAGAAGCUGUCCUACAGUGACCUACUCUUCACCAAACCAAGAGGGACAAGGAGGGUCAAUGGAAUGAAAGCUUACUCUCUUCCACCCAUCUACAGAUUCUCCAAGCAAAAUGGAAAUACUAAGUCCACGGUUCAGGGCAGUGGAGAUCUAGACUCCAAGACCUCUCCUCCAGGAAACAACGGACACAACAAAGACCACCUGUCCUCCAUCGUCAGAGAGAUCUCUCAGGCCAGACUCAUGACCCUGAGGAAGAAGAGGAGUGGACAAAGAAUGACCCUCGGCACCUCUGACAAUGGUAACACAUAG